AUGGUGCUUAAGAACCUUUAUAUCGCCAGACAUGGUUACAGAGCCAAUUGGUUACCAGAACCACAUCCAGUGAAUCCAACUGGGAUUGAUAGUGAUCCUCCAUUAGCUGACCAUGGUGUUGAUCAAGCUAAAGAAUUGGCUCAUUAUAUAUUGUCUAUUGAACCACAUCCUGAAAUGAUCUUUACUUCACCAUUUUAUAGAUGUUUACAAACAUCAGCACCAAUUGCCGAAGUCCUUGGUAUUGAUAUUGAACUUGAGAAUGGUAUUGGUGAAUGGUAUAAACCAGAUAGAGAAGUUAUUCCAAAACCUGCAGGUUAUGAUAUUCUUAAACCAUUUUUCCCAAAAUUACAACAAAAUUGGGAACCAACUUUAAAACCAUCAUUAAGUGGUGAAACUCAAGAACAAAUUUUUGAAAGAUCCAAAACUUUCUUACAGAAUUUUAUACCGAAAUUUGAAGCAAAAUAUCCACAUAUUGAAACAAUCAUUUUCGUUACUCAUGCAGCUGCUAAAAUUGCCUUAGGUAUGGCACUUUUAGGGUUCAAUAGCGUAUUGGAUGCUUUAGACGAUGAAGAUACUAGAUUGAGAGCAGGUGCAUGCUCAUUAGAUAAAUUUGAAAGAAUCUUGAAUGGUAAAACCAAUGAUAAUGGCACUGAUUGGAAAAUUACAAUGAAUGGUAAUUGUGAAUUCUUAACAAAUGGUGAAGAAAUGCAUUGGGACUUCCAAAAUGGAUUUGAAGCAGGUUCAGAUGCUGAUAUUAAAGCUAGAAAAGCUGCAGAAGCUUUAAAAAAUAAAACUAGUGAAAAAAUUGAUUUAGACACAAAUCAAGAAGAAUAUGAAGAUGUGUACGUUACUUUAGAAAUUCCAAAUAAUAAUUAUAAUACUAAUACUAUACCCGCUACAGCAAAAUUACAAGCUAGUGGUUUACAUACACAGGCUCCAUUGUUUAAAGUUGAUAAUGAGAUUUAUCAAGGUGAUUGGCAAAAAUUAGUUGGUACAGAAGUUGCAUUUACUGAUGAUAUGGAACAAAAAUAUGUGAUAAGUGAUAGAAUUAAAUUGGAAGAUGUCACACCUUCCUAG